GUCCGGAAACGUUCGGCAAUGGCCGGAGGCGGCUUUUAAGGCAAGGAGCGGCAGCCGGCUCGCCCUGCCCCGCCGCCGCCCGGCGCGAGGUGAGCGCUGCGCCCUGUCCGCUAGGGAAGGGCGCGAUGCUGGCCGACAGCCUGGUGGAGGAGUUUGAGAUCCGCGAGGAUGAGCCGUGGUACGACCAGCAGGACCUGCAGCAAGAUCUUCACCUUGCUGCUGAGCUUGGGAAGACGCUACUGGACCGCAACACUGAAUUAGAAGAAUCUUUACAGCAAAUGUAUGCAACAAAUCAAGAGCAACUGCAAGAGAUAGAGUAUCUCACAAAGCAAGUGGAGCUCUUGCGUCAAAUGAAUGAUCAACAUGCAAAAGUUUAUGAACAGUUGGAUGUGACAGCAAGAGAACUAGAAGACACUAAUCAAAAGCUAGUUGCAGAGAGCAGAGCAUCACAACAAAAGAUACUAAGCUUGACAGAGACUAUUGAAAAUCUGCAGACACACAUAGAUGACCUGCAAAGGCAAGUAGAAGAGCUGAAAAAGUCUGGACGAGGCCGGAUGAACCAUGAGAGAUCUGACCAGCCAAGAUCAAUGCACAGCUUCUCGUGUUUGAAGGAGCUGUAUGACCUUCGCCAGUAUUUUGUUUAUGAUCACGUGUUUGCAGAAAAGAUUACUUCAAUGGAUAGUCAGCUAAAUCCUCUGGAAGAAGAAAAUGAGAACUUGAAGAAGGCAGUUACAGUUCUGCAAGCCCAACUCAACCUAGAAAAAGAGAAGAGGGUAACAAUGGAAGAGGAAUACAGUCUUGUGGUGAAAGAGAACUGCGACCUUGAACAGAGGCUUGUUGAUAUUGACUUGUAUCGGGCUCGUGCAGAGGAGUUGGAAGUGGAAGUAGCUGAAAUGCGACAGAUGCUUCAAUCUGAAAACACGCUCCACAAUGCAGAGAAAUUGGUGCCAGAAUCCUUUUUCAUUUCAUUUAAAGAAUCUUUAGAAAGGGAGCUUGGUCAGAGCCCAGCUGAUGAUGGGCUUCUGACUGUCCCUGAACUUGAGAAAAAGGCAUUGAAGCGGAGCAGUAGUGAAAAUUUCCUGAGUAGUGCUGCAGGGGGAGACAUUCUAAGGGGCCAUGAAGAAACGUGCAUCAGGAGAGCUGAAGCUGUGAAGCAGCGGGGAAUCUCUGUACUCAAUGAAGUUGAUGCUCAGUAUAAUGCUCUGAAAGUGAAAUAUGAGGAACUUUUGAAGAAGUGUCAAAUGGAUGAAGAUUCUUUGAAACACAAGGCUGUACAAACACUGAAGCAGUAUUCUAAAGACAGUGUGGGAAAUACCCAGUAUGAUCUUUCAGCUAACAAUCAAGAAUUCACGAAUGCAGGAGAAUCACUUUGCUCCACAAAUACUCUUCCUGAAUAUAAAGCACUCUUCAAGGAAAUCUUUAGCUGUAUCAAAAAAACAAAGGAAGAAAUAGAUGAGCACAGAUCUAAGUACAAGUCCCUUUCUUCUCAGCCAUAACGUUAGAUGUUCUGAUGACUGAUUUGUUGCUGGUGACUAAUUUGUUGCCCAGAAAGGGGGAAAGACUUUACACAAAUGUCGAAAGACCCCUUGCACAGAUGUUUCUUUUAGCACUAAAAAGGAAUGUUUUCAAUUGGCUCAUAGAGAGUAGUUAAAAAGCUAGUUAGACUAGCAGUCUCCCUGUAGGUACGUAGCAAUAGAUGUAAUGUUGUUUGGCACUGUCACACGAACUAGUGGUUGUAAAGGAAACAAAUUGUAGCUUGAUACUACAAUGCUACUUAAUACACUUGAUUUCUGGCAGAAACUGACAAUGGUUUUCCUAGUCCACUUCAAAUUAACAGAGCUAAGAAAUCCGUACACUACUUCUCACAAAGAACUAGGUAAAAGCUUUUCUUUAACUUGCAUGUGAUCAUCUAGCCCAGUAACUGUAAAAAAAAAAAACAAAAAACCAAAAA